AUGGCUUCCGGGUGUUAUUCUCACUGUGAAGACAUGUCUCUAGAUGCCUCAGAUGAUGACUGGGAUGAUGCUGAUGAUGUAAUGCUGGUGGGACCGGUUAAGUGUUUGUUUUGUGACAAAGAACUGCCGUCUGCCGAUGAUGUAUUCAAGCACUGUAAAGACCUACACCAGUUUGAUAUUGUCAGCGUGGCUCAAACCUGGAAUCUCGACUGCAUUGGCUAUAUCAAAAUGAUCAACUACAUCCGAUUAAAAAAUCCUUCACCAGAGUUUCUAUUGGAAAGGUCAUCACUGGAGUCUGCUUCUCCAUGGAGUGAUGACCAGUUCAUGCAGCCGGUUGACCCUGAAGACUUCAUGCUGCAAUAUGAUAUUGAAGAAAUGGACAGUUCCACUACACCAAUUAAUGAGUGUGCAAUAAAUUCAAACACCAAAACCUCAAAUGGAGCUGACCUAGAUGGAGGGGAAGUAACUCUACCAAAAACUGAAUAUUUGAAUUUGUUACAUCGAGCCCACACAGCUGAAGGAAAAGCACAGCAAGCAGAGGAGAGGUUGAGAGAAGCAUUGGAAGAUUUAGAAAAAGUUAGGAAAGUGAUGAGGGAUAUCAUGAUGUCACAGCCUGAUUCAUCGUCAUCGCCAGCUCGUUCCGAGUCCCAGGUCACAGAGGAUGAAGACGAAGCUUACUUCAACUCAUACUCUCACUUCAGUAUACAUGAGGAAAUGUUAAAGGACAGAGUGAGGACCGAGAGCUACAGAGACUGCAUGCUGAAGAACAAGUCGUUGUUUGAUGGGAAAGUCGUCCUUGAUGUAGGCUGUGGAACGGGAAUCUUGUCCAUGUUUGCUGUGCAGGCGGGUGCCAGUCAGGUGAUUGGAGUUGACCAAUCCGAUAUCAUUUACCAAGCAAUGGAUAUUGUAAGAGAGAAUGGAAUGGAAAAGAAAAUCACUUUGAUUAAAGGCAGGAUUGAAGAUGUCAGUCUGCCAGUUGAAAAGGUUGAUAUCAUCAUCUCUGAAUGGAUGGGUUACUUCCUCUUGUUUGAGUCGAUGCUGGACACGGUACUGUUUGCAAGAGACAAGUAUCUCAAAGAAGAUGGCAUUGUUUUGCCUAACAGGUGUACAAUGUCUUUGGCUGGGGUGUGUAACAAAGAUGCGUAUGAUGCACAUAUCAGUUUCUGGGACGAUGUUUACGGAUUCAAGAUGUCCUGUAUGAAGUUUGAGGUCAUACACGAAGCCAAUGUGGGAAUUGUCAACAGUACAAAAAUCAUCACAGACCAGUGUGUAUUUAAGGAAAUUUCUGUCCGUGACUGCAGUGUUGAAGAUCUCCAGUUCUCCACUCUGUACUGCCUCAACUGUAUCGGGGACGGGCCACUGACGGCCAUUAUUGGCUACUUUGACAUUUUCUUUGAAAGUGGUUGCAGUACACCAAUUAGUUUUUCAACAGGUCCUGACAGCACACCAACCCACUGGAAGCAGACAGUCUUUGUACUGGAACCACCAUUACAAGUGAAGAAAGGAGAAAAAAUUGAAGGAACCAUCAAAUGCCACAAAAACCGCAAAGAUCCAAGGGCUUUGAUUAUACUACUGACUUACAAUGGAAAGAAACAAUAUUAUGCUAUGGAAUAAGUCCAUUGUUUGCUGUGCAAACCAAACAUGAUCAAUAAAAUACAAAACAGUU